CGACUCCCCGGGGGUGCAUUCAGGAAAUACCGACCAGCCUCUAAGUUUGCGAUGGCUAUUCAUUUUUUUGAUCAUUGAGCGUCUGAGUUAACACAAUGGCUGGAAUUGUGCUGAGACGAUGUUGGAGCAGAACUUUGGUGGCAGCACCUUCUGCAAAAGGUGUCAGGAUCAGGGGGACAAACCGGAACUACUGGACAACUUUAAGAAGGACAACCGCUGCUCUGACUAGUGGAAGAGGCGCAUUCCUCCUGGGGCUCCCCACGCUAUCCUGUCUGGCUUUCGAAGCUUAUCACAGAGUGCAAAGUUCAGCCGUGGUCUACGCUUUAGAGAAAGAGGAGGUUUUGGAGCAGGCUGACUACCUGUACAGCUGUGCAGAGACGGAGAAGCUGUACCAGCUGCUGCUGCAGUACAAGGACAGUGAUGAUGCAGAGUUCCUGUGGAGGCUGGCGCGGGCGUCUCGUGACCUGUCCGUCCAGCCCAACAUGGAGGCCGAACGGAAGAAGCAGCUGACGUUCGAGGGUUUCGAAUAUGCAAAGAAGGCUCUGGAGAAGGAUGAGAAGUGUUUCGCAGCACACAAAUGGUACGCCGUGUGUCUCAGCGAUGUUGGGGAAUACGAGGGAGUCAAGGUGAAAAUUGGAAAUUCAUACAUCAUCAGGAAACAUCUAGAGAGAGCUGUUGAACUCAAUCCCAAAGAUGCCACUUCCUUCCAUAUUUUGGGUUUCUGGUGCUUUGCUUUUGCUGAGCUGCCUUGGUACCAACGCAAGGUGGCGGCUGUCAUUUUUUCUUCACCACCCAAGGCCACAUACGAGGAGGCUUUGGAAUUCUUCCUGAAAGCUGAAGAAGUUGAUCCGAACUUCUAUAGUAAAAAUCUGCUAAUGCUCGGGAAGACCUACAUGGGCAUGAAAGACAAAGAGAAGGCACUGCUCUUUCUAACCAAAGCAAAAGAAUACCCAGCCCACACACAGGAAGACAAAGAGGUCCAUAGAGAAGCAGUUGACCUCUUGAAGAAUCUCGGAUGAACCUCUAAUUACCGCAUGAUGCUUUUGGACACCGUUAAUAAUUACUAACAAAUGUUUAUCUUUUGAGCUGAUUCUGUAAUUAUUAAUACAGUAGAACUGCUUUGUGGUAAAAGUUGCAUAUUGUAAAUUACAUUUUAAGAACUUGUUAGUGUUUAAAUCAAGAAAUGUAACAACUUUCAUUCCCAAACCGUAUCUGUAUAUCAACUAUUUAAAUGUCAGCUCUAUUCAAGUAUAAGCUCUUACUGUGUUUUCUUUUUAAUAAUAAUAAAUUAAAUGUUGGCCACAUCUUAA